AUGAAGUCUGGAGGGUUGAUGAAGCAGCAUGUGGGCAUUGAGAUGCCCGUCUGGCAGGCGAGCACCACCAGACGUCAUUUUGCUGGCAGAGUCAGAUUGACCAAGGAUCCUAUGGUGUGGAUUGAAACAGCUGGGUACACUCUCCCGCUUUGGUCUAAUUAUGAAAUUGCAAAACCUGCUCACCGAGAAUAG